UUAUGUCAAACGUUGGUUUUCGCAACCUCUUUUACAGUAUGGAUGGUUUUUAAUAAAAUUCGCCAUUGGUAAAAAUAUAGAACCAAUAGGCUUUUAAUUCUGCAUUGCUGUCGAGUGUAAUAAAUACAAAAAAAAAAAAAAAAAGAGUCCGAUUUUCGCGAGAGGAAAUGGAGGAAAAAGCAGUAGAAAUUAUCCUCAAGGUGUGCGUCGUUGGUGCUGGCGCAGCUGGUUUGUGCGCCGCGCGACAUUUGGCGGCAGAUUCGAAACAUUUCGAGUUCGUGGUGUUCGAGAGACAGGGCGAAGUUGGAGGUACUUGGACGUACAACGAUCGGAUUGGACUGGACGAGGAUGGACUACCGGUGCAUUCUAGCAUGUACAGGGAUCUCAGAACCAACCUACCGAAAGAGAUAAUGGGCUUCCCGGAUUAUCCGGACAUAAAAGGUGGCGCAGGAAGUUGCGUAUCGCACCGCGUUAUUUUGGAUUACCUGAAGAGCUACGCCACUCAUUUUCAACUGCGCCAGUACAUUCAGUUCCAAACAGUGGUAGAGUCCAUAAAGUUGAAAGACCCGAGCAGCGAAAAAUGGCAGGUCAGAGUGAGAAACGUCGGAAACGAGAGAACCGACACUCUGGUCUUUGACGCCGUGAUCAUUUGCAACGGACACUACUCGGACCCUCGCAUCCCCCGAAUCCGGGGCCUCGGCGAUUUUAAGGGCCUGACGAUGCACAGCCACGACUACCGGUACCCGGAGUUUUUCGCCGGCAAACGCGUGGUGGUGCUCGGCGCCGCCAGCUCGGGGAUCGACAUCGCGACCGAGUUAUCUCGGAGCGCGUCGCACGUCCACUUGAGCCACGACAACGACAGAUUGGCUGGAAAAGGCGAGUCCUUGGGGUUCGAGGAGGUGGUUGGCAUCGACGGGUUCGCCGACGAUAAGUUCAUCCUUAAGGACGGAACGUCUGUGGCGGGCGUGGAUGCUUUGAUACUCUGCACGGGCUACAACUUCACGUACCCCUUUCUGGACGCCAGUUGUGGGGUGAAAAUCGACGACAACUACGUGUCGCCGCUUUACAAGCACCUCGUCAAUGUCGAGCACACCAGCAUGUGUCUCGUUGGCUUGCCCAUGACCGUGGUUCCCUUUCCGAUGUUCCACAUGCAGGUGAGAUACUUUAUCUCGACGCUGAGGGACAAAAGCCGAUUGCCUGCGGUUGGGGUGAUGCUGGAGGACUCGAGGUUGAAGGCGUCGGAGAAGCGCCACGCCCACAAGUUGGGGAACGCUCAGUGGGCGUACAACGACAGUUUAGCCCGGGAGAGUGGUGUCGAGCCACUGCCUGGUUACUACGAGCUUGGCUACGCGGCUUGGUGGAAUCUUAGAAAAGCGCACCUCAUGGAUUACAAGAGUUUCGAUCUUUUUGUUUCGGCGGACGGGGCGAGGGUGGGCAUUGUGGUGCCAAGAAGGGACGAAAAAAAACAAUCAAUGACACCCUAG